AUGGUGGCCAAAUAUAGCCUAAAUCCGAAGAGCUUCUAUUAUGCCAGAACGUUAACCGCAGCGCAGGUUACAGCACUACCGGAGGAGGUAGACGGAAAAAAUCGUCUGGCGUCGGAGCAAACGCUUAUCUCGAACUUGUAUUUGUGUCUGGGGGAGAAAGGACAGGAUGAGCUACAUAAGGGGAGACCACACCUGGAUUUAUCUACGACAAGGUACUCCAGGCUAUUAGAUACCAUCGAAACGGAAUUUAAGAAGGAACAAAAUGAAAUUUAUGAAACAUUCCAAUUAUUGGCACGGACACAACAAAUAGGAAAAUCCUUGGAGCAGUUCCACUCAGUGUUAAGCGGGCUGGCCGCCCGAUGUAAUUUUGGAACGUUGGAGACCAGAAUUCUGGGGGAUGUGUUCAUUGUGAACAUGAACAAUAGAGAGGCCCAAAAUGAGCUAUGCCGUUCGACUAAGACACGAGAGGAGGUGCACCGUAUUGCACUUUCAUACGAACGUGGAUACAAAUAUGCUAAACCAUACGGAUCGGCAACCGGGGGAGCAAAAGCUAGUGGCACCACCGGUGGAAAUGGAGCGUUCCCAAUCAAAACGAAACCGGUGGGGACAAUCCGAGAAGGAUACCGAAAUAAUAGACAGCGCGGCCGUGGAUCGUUCACAGGACGAGCAGAGAUGAGAGGGGGAGUUUCUAGAAGAUGCUUUAAUUGUGACCAACCCAACUUUACUCCGGAACACCUUACUAAAUGUCCAGCCAAAAAUGCGACGUGUAAUUUCUGCAGGAAAACGGGACAUUACGAGAGAACUUGUCGGGGGAAGCGGAAUAAUCGGGGAAGACCGGCAGUGGGACUGAUCCAAAAUCAGGAGGAUAUGGAAGCUAGUGAAAUAGGCGAUGCUGAGGAUACUUAUUCGCAACAUGAGAAUUCCGUUGGCUGGGUUAACACGCCGGUAUAG